AGUUGGACAGCACCAGGCUCUGACAUGGUUCACGCCUACUGGCUGAAGAAGCUGACUGCACUUCACGAGCAUCUGGCAGCACAAAUGAACCAGCUGCUAGUCCACGAGAGAUGGCUAACCAAAGCCAGACACUCCUGAUCCUCAAGGACCGGUAUGGUCCCAUUCAACUACUUAACACAGACCCCAUGGGGCACACCACAGCAGAGGGGUGCGAAUGAGGAAGAAUAAUUGCCCAUAGAGACAGAGAAAGUCCUCUCGGAUAAAUAUGAUUUGAACCAUGAAAACAAUUUGCCUUUAAGGCCAACUACAUGUUCUAGCCUUGAAAGGAGGAUGUUGAGGUCAACAGUAUCAAAGGCAGAAGUCAAGUCUAGUAGAACUAAAACCACAGGACGCCCUGCAUCAGCAGUUACAAGGAGAUCAUUAAAAACUCUCAGUAGAGCUGUUUCUGUGCUGUGGUGAGAUUUGAAACCGGACUGGAAUUUUUACUUGAUUCCAUUAGUCUCCAAGAAGGAUUGUAAUUGCUUAAGAAAUAGUUUUUCUAAGAUUUUAGACAUAAAAGGAAGUUUAGAGACCGGUCUGUAGUUUGAAAGGAUCGAGAUUACUUUUCUUGAUAACAGGUUACACCAUUGCAUGUUUGAAAGCAGUAGGGACGCAGCCUGAUAAGAGUGAGGAAUUCAUUAGAAGAAGAUGCAGGCUCCAAUAGUGUUCAGGGCAUUAUUGAUAAUGCGAGAGGGAAGCACAUCAUGACGAGAAUUAGAGUUUUUCGGUUGGCCUAUUAUUUCCCUAAGUGUCAGAAAAGAAAGUUCAAACUGUUGAAAGACCAUUGAGGAUACCCAACUCUAUCUAUCCAUGAAGCCAGAUAACACACACCAAUUAGUUAAACAGCAGGACAUUAUUAUUAUUAUUGUUAUUAUUAUUAUUAUUAUGCUCUUAUGUUUAAACCAAAGAAAAUAAUAAGGAUGUAGUUUAUUUUUAUCAAUACUUGUUUUUGCAUGGGCAAAACAAGUUCAAAGUUGCUUCAGCCGCUAUGCUUUAGUAAGAGCUAUUUUCUCUCCAGGCUGUCAUGUUGUGGGAUCACAGAGGAAGGUUGUGUCUUUCUGGCCUCAGCUCUGAAGUCCAACCCCUCCCACCUGAGAGAGCUGGACCUGAGCUACAACCAUCCAGGAGUGUCAGGAGUGAAACUGCUGUUGGAGCGACUGGAAGACCCAGAAUGUAGACUGGAAACGCUCAAUGUGGACCACGAUGAAGAGCACUGGGUCGACCCACAGCUUCUGAACAAGUAUGCCUGUGAUCUCACAUUCGACCCCAACACUGUGAAUGAAAACCUCGUCCUGUCUGAAUGUGACAGGAAAGUAAGCAGCACUGAGGAAAAGCAGUCGUAUCCUGAUCAUCCAGAGAGAUUUGACCAAGUCAGGUGCUGUGUCGAGAGGCUCUGACUGGGCGCU